AUGUUGCAGCAGCAGCCGCCUCUGACGGGCAACGGGCCCUCCAGCGGCCGGGGACUCGGCUUGAGCGGCCACCCCGGGAUGCACGCUCUCAACUCGGUUCACCAACCCUCCCAGCAUCGGUCCGACGGGGGGGACUCGGGCCUCGAGGGUACGGAAAACGGACACGAAACCCGCAGGGAUAUCGGCGACAUACUGCAGCAGAUAAUGACCAUCACCGACCAAAGUUUGGACGAGGCACAAGCGAAGAAACAUGCGCUGAACUGUCACCGGAUGAAACCUGCAUUAUUCAGCGUCCUGUGCGAGAUCAAGGAAAAAACCGGCCUGUCAAUGAGGAACGCCCAAGAGGACGAGCCUCAGGAUCCCCAGUUAGUGCGAUUGGACAACAUGCUGCUGGCGGAGGGUGUGGCGGGGCCCGAGAAGGGCGGGGGCGCCGCCGCCGCCGUGUCUGCGGCCACCAGCUCGGGAGGGAUGUCCCCCGACAGCUCGCUGGAGCACUCCGACUACAAAAGCAAGUUGAGCCAGAUUCGCAGUAUCUACCACACUGAGCUGGAGAAGUAUGAGCAGGCGUGCACCGAGUUCACCACCCACGUCAUGAACCUGCUGAGGGAGCAGUCUCGUACGCGGCCCGUGACUCCGCGGGAGAUUGAGCGCAUGGUGGGCAUCAUCCACCGCAAGUUCAGCACCAUCCAGACCCAGCUGAAGCAGAGCACUUGCGAGGCAGUAAUGAUCCUGAGGUCCCGCUUCCUCGAUGCCAGGCGCAAAAGGCGCAACUUCAGCAAGCAGGCCACCGAGGGCCUGAAUGAGUAUUUCUACUCCCACCUGUCCAACCCGUACCCCAGCGAAGAAGCCAAAGAGGAUCUCGCCAAGCAGUGUGGAAUCACCGUCUCUCAGGUGUGCAACUGGUUCGGCAACAAAAGAAUCCGCUACAAGAAAAACAUUGGCAAGUUCCAAGAGGAGGCCAACCUUUACGCCAUGAAGACGGCCCUGGUGGGGGGACAGGGGGACGACUCCCCGCACACCCCCAACUCCACAGGAUCUGGGUCCUUUCUGUCCGGGUCAGCUGACCUGUUCCUCGGGGUUCCACCUGUGAACGGCGAGCAGUCUGCUUACCAAAUUGGAGCGCAGUCUAACGGGAACUGGCAGGGUCGAAACUCGCCCCCGAACGGCGCCUCGCCCCACAGCGACCACUCGGAAAACUCGGACUGAAGGCCCCGCCCACGGGCACAGAGUGACGGGCGACGGAAAUGGUUGACGACGACGGCGGCGACAACAAAGAAGACAGAAGAAUGAUAUCACACUUCCCACUUGGCUGCAGUUGUUUUUUUUUGUACGUCAUUUGUUUGGUUUGACUAUUUUAAAUGUAAGUUGUGUUUUCGUCUUUCCUCACCGCUCAACCAACGUGGGUCAUUAGUAUGUUUAGCUGAAUGCACGGAUGCCAGUGUGUGUCUGAGUGUGCACGUGCGUGCGUGUGCGUGUGUGUGUGCGCGUGUGUGCAUGCAGGUGCGGUUUUAUUAUCAGGUUUGGAGGGUUUGUUUUCCACUAAUUUUGACAUGUUACUGAGGUGUGCGUCUGUGGUCGGUGUGAAGAGAAGGACGGGAUUAUUGUUUUUAGCACACUAUAUCAUUAUAAUUAUUAAUAUUAUUGUUGUUUUAUUAUUAAUGCUACAACUAUUUUCGUUUUACCCCUUCAAUAAGAGAGAAUGCAUUUAGUGAAUGAGAGGAAUAGAGAAAAAUCCAAAGAUUUGUGCGUUUGUUUCUCUGUUUUGUCCAAUUUUUGAUUUUCUUUUUCUACCGGGCUCAUGUGUCCCUGUAAGAUGGAUGAGGUGCGUGCGUGUGUGUGUGUGUGUGUGUGUGUGUGUGUGUGUGUGUGUGUGUGUGUGUGUGAGAGAGUCCAUAUCCGUGGUUUGAAUGAGUAUAUCAACAGUGCUGUUCUUUUCUGUACAGUGAAACACCUGUAUUCUCUCUACCUCUUUUACAAUAAAGACUCUCUGUAUUCACAACCAGA